GAGCGCGAGCAAGGUCAUUCCCGGCAUUAAGAUGGCGGCGGGCGCCGUCUCGGCGCGGGAGGGUGGCGAGGACGCCUUCCGCCGGCUCUUUCGCUUCUACCGGCGGUGGGAGGGCUCGGACCCUUCUGGGGCCAUUGAUUUCUCGAAGCCAGCGGCGCGGCAGGUAAACCGGACGGUAGUGCCCUAACCGCACCGCCAACGCACGCUCUUGUCUCCAUGGUGACAGCUGCCCCUUCCGGGUUCUUGCACGUGCCGCCGCCCCCCCCCAGGGGGGGAACCUUCUCUCCUCCAUCCCCCGUACAGAUUUUGCCUCUGUAUUUGCAGCUGAGCAGGAAUGCCGGAUGGAGGUGGGAAGGCUCCUCUUCUGGCAGAACUGAAGUUAUUGGGGGCGGCGGGUUUAGGCCAGCUACCCACAACAUGUGCACUCAGGUGUGGAAUUCCUCAGGAAGGGAGAGUGUCGAUUUUUAAUUUUAAUUUUAAAAAGAGACUAGUACAUCAUAUCGCUGCAUGCAAGCAGCCACAAGCAUUCAAAAAUAUAAUUCACACACAUGCAGUCUGAAGCAAUACAGGAUUCUGCUUUUUUUUGGGUAUAAGGCGCAUGAAUUAACAUAUAUGAAAAAUCUAAACUGUUAGCCUUUUAACCAGCCAUAAGAGAGAUGCCAGCGGUUAAAUCUGGAACGUUUAGUCUUCAAGGCAGUGCGCAGUAUUACCAAAGUGUGGCUUUUCCACAAAAUGACCCUGCGUUUCUGAUUGGUGUGUGCUUUUGGGAUUGUUGGUGAAAGGGGUGAAGGAGAGUGGUAAACUGAAUCCUCAUGAACGGUUGUGGGCAGCUAGAGAAAUGAAUGUCUUUUAUUAUAAUAGUUUACAAAUACUGAUGAUUUGUUUGUUCGUUUAUAUCCCAACUUUUCUCCCAGAAAAGUAGGUCAUAAAAAUUGAAGCAAACGUGGAUAAAAGCAUAUAAAAGAUAAUAGUUCAAUUACUUUUCAACUAUUAUCUUUCAUAUGCUUUUAGCUUUCAGUUUUUUAUCCAUGUUUGCUUUAACUAUAAGAGAAUUAGAAUCAUAUGAAAACAAAUCUAGUAAAGAAAAAAACAGUGCAGCACUACUAAAAGCCCUUUCCUUAAGAACAGUUAGCUUCCCCAAACCCACCAGAAGAUUACAGUCUUCACUUCUUGGCAGAAGGAUAAUGAGGGAGCCAGUCUAGCCUCUCUAGUAAGGGAGUUCCAGCCUGGGAACAGUCACCAAGAAGGCCUCCCCCAUGUCCCCACCAUAUAUGCCUGUGAGGGUGGCAGAAUUGAAAGAAGGGCAUCUCAUGAAAAUCUUGGAGCCCAGCCAGGUUCAUUUGAGAGAAAAUGGUUCUUUGGAUAACCUGGGCCUAAGUGUAGGCUAGUUGUCUUUAGGAUAUCUUUUUUUUGCUGCACAAGCAAAGAUACAUUUAUUGAUAUUCAUGGCAUUUUCAAAAGAUUAGCAUCUUACAGCUGCUACAGUUUACUGAUCUGUCACCAGCAUUCUAAUCUUUUCCACUGAAGGGAAAUGGUUACUGUCAGAAGUACAGUGGUACCUCAGGUUACAGACACUUCAGGUUACAGACUCUGCUAAUCCAGAAAUAGUACCUCGGGUUAAGAACUUUGCUUCAGGAUGAGAACAGAAAUUGUGCGGUGGCAGCGCGGCAGCAGUGGGAGGCCCCAUUAGCUAAAGUGGUGACUCAGGUUAAGAACAGUUUCAGGUUAAGAACAGACCUCCGUAAUGAAUUAAGUUCUUAACCCGAGGUACCGCAGUAUGUCCCAUUGAGUUCAGUGAGGCUUACUCCCAGGUAAAUGGGGUUAGACUUUCAGCCUGUUAAUUUCAUAAAGCUCUUUGAGAAAAUUACCUAUGGAUACAAUAUCAUUAUACACACCUAGAGUUGCAGCACCGCUGGACACCUCUUGUGCUCAGAUUGUGAAUUGCAGUAAGGAAGCAACUCGCUGUCUGGACACAGGAAGGCCAACUUAGAAUUGUUCACGUGUUCAGCAGAUUACUUUUAAUUAUGCUCAUGUGCGCUUACCAGAUAGCUGGUUUUUCAUGUGUAAUCAAAGAAGUUAUAAUUACAUUCCCGCAAAUUUAUCUGAUGCUCAAUGCUGCCUCAACAGACUGACAUGGGUCCUGCCUAGUUGUUCAGUUUUAGAAAAGAAUAGGUAAAGGUUCUUGAGCUCUCCUUUAGGAAUGCGCUAGACAUCUUUCUGUGAUAUAAGAACACAUACAUGAACAUGAAGAUAACACAGUACUCCUCCUACCUUAACCUCUACUAUCUUAAACUUUUCUUACAAAAAAACCAAAACAAAUAAAAAAUUUAAAAAAUAAAAUGUAAAUAAAUAAAAAACGGUGAGAUGUAGGAGUGCAAAUAUCCAGAGUGUGGGGGCAGGUGGGAUUACUAUGAGGAAUUAUAAAAUAUACAUGAAGCCAUUGUGUCCACGAUGAAUGCAUUGUGUUGACUGGGUUUGAUACAUUGACAAUAAUUUCUGACCAAAUCCCACAACCCUCUGCAUCUCUGGCCAUUUCCUCUACUGUCCAUCUCUCUUGCCUGACAAGUCACGUACACUGCCAGUUGCUUCACCAGGCAGGCAUCCUGGGUCAUCAAAGAUAGUGGGCAAGUUUCUUUGAUGUAGCUUUCUGAUAUGUUAAUCUUAGGAUGUUAAUCUUAGGGCCAGGAAACAGAUCUCACUUGAAGGGGAUAAUGAUAGCUGUCCUCCUGGCCAUCCUCCUUAUCAUGUAUAUUGCUUGUUUAUCACCUCCUGGGGUUGCCAAAUGCUCUCCUUUGUAGUUCUGUUCUUUGUUUACCCCAUGCCUAAUUAGUUUCGGUAGUUUAACUUUGUCCCCAUGUGGGUUUGUUGAAAUGCUCAGAAGAAAUCUGAUUGGUUCUUACAAACACUCUGUAAAAGUUCUUUUGUGAAUAAAAUGACCUGGGCCAGGGGCUGGAGGCAGACAGAGAGAGAUUAUUAUACGCACCCUUCCCAGAGUCUUGCCGGUUCAAGCCUCUGUGUGUAUUCUUAUUAAUCAGAGUUCAAUCCUUCCUUUACUUUGUGAACGCCUCAUUUGAGAAGCCGCCUGAAGAUGUGUAACAAAUGUUCUACCACUAUGGCACCACAUAAUAAAUGAAAUCAUAUCCAUGUUUGAACAUUUUUCUACUUGUUAAUCAUCUGGGUCAAAACUAUAUGUUACAUACAGUACGAUGUCGAGAUUUUUUUUUAUAUGACUGUUGCUGCAAUUAGGUAGAAAACUAGUGGGGUGGGGAGGGCAUUCUGGUUUUUCUCUGAAUAUCUCUCCCUUUAGCUAGUUCUGCUUUGGGUUCUUAAGUCUAAAUCCUUUAAAGACUCUUUAUUUGUUUAAAUAUGUGAUUUGUCUUUUGUAUGAGCCUCAAGGCAAUUUUAAUAUGCAUCUUAUCUGAGCUUAGGUUCUUGCCUCUGAAAACUAAAGUUACAAUCACCUACUUGGUACUUAAGGGGCCGCUUCAUAUUUUUUAACAAUCAAGUGGCAUAUAUAUUUUAUGAAAUAAAUAAUAGGGUAAUCUUUUUACUGGUCAUGGUGCCUUAGCCAUUGUCUUGAAAAAUAAUUGGCAGUCUAUACACAUGACAAUGGAGAAGUAGUUUAAAAAGAUGACCCGGUGAUAAUUAUGGGCAACUAGUUGGCUGUAAGAGUUGGAAAUCUAGAUGAAUAUGCAAAUUUCUGUGCACACUAAAAGAUUCAGCCAAAUUUAGUGGUGCCCUGAUGAGCAUUACCCUGCAAAUAGAGUGCACAUCCAAAAACAUUUCUGCAUCCAUAUCAGCUGGUUUAUGAAUGGAAGCUUGCUUUUUCACAAGGACUUUCCUCAUUGGAUCAGGGCAAUGGAGCUAAAGUUUGAUAAAAAUGGUUAAGGGGAAUGUGAUAUAAAUUGUAUGAAACUGCAUAAAAAGAGGAAUCUGAAACGAUUAACACUUUUUUUAAUGCUAGAUUUAUACAGUGCUUAUUGAAAACAACAUGAAACAUAUUAAAAACUCUUUAUAUAGACCAGGGGUAGUCAACCUUUUUAUACCUACCGCCCACUAAUGCAUCUUGCUUGAUGGUAAAAUUUUCUGACCGCCCACCAGUGCUCGAUGGAAGGAGGAUUCGACUUGUGCCAUAGAACCCCCCUACCACCCACCUAGAAUCCUGAAACGCCCACUCGAUAGGGACCAGGUUGACAACCUCUGAUAUAGACAAAAAUUUCUUUGGAACUCAUUGCCCCCAUCAUCCUCUUUGGUGUCCUAGAGCAGACUCAGUUGCCAGAAGCCUAGAUGUUGUGAUUGUUGUUCUCUGUUAAUGUCUCCUGUUGUUGAAUUAGCUUUUGCAAAUACAGUGGUGCCUCGCAAGACGAAAUUAAUCCGUUCCGCGAGAGUCUUCGUCUAGCGGUUUUUUCGUCUUGCGAAGCAAGCCCAUUGACGGAUUAGCGCUAUUAGCGCUAUUAGCGGUUCAGCGGCUAUUAAAGGCUUAAAGGCUUAGGGGAUUAGCUGCUAAAAGGCUAUUAAAGGCUAUUAAAGGCUUAGCAGAUUAGAUAAAGGGGGGGGGAAGCGAAAAAAAAAUCUCAAGACUCGCAAGAUAUUUUCGUCUUGCGAAGCAAGCCCAUAGGGGAAUUCGUCCUGCGAAGCAACUUCAAAACGGAAAACCCUUUCGUCUAGCGGUUUUUCCGUCUUGCGAGGCAUUCGUCUUGCGGGGCACCACUGUAUUUGGAGGUCACCCUAAUAGACUGUGUAAGAAUGCAUAGACAAUUGUCCUAAUUUUGGAAUAUUGCUGUUGAACGUUUUUAAUGUAGAUUUCUUAUCCCUUUGAUUGCUCUUUAAAGCUGAAAGGAGAGACCUGUAUCAUGGCCCACGCACUUGUUUGGUACAUCCACAGUGCCUCUGAUUAUCAUCAUCCUUGUCUGUGGCAAAUAUACAAAUUACAUUUGUUCUUCUCUGUGCUUGAUUUUUUUUAAUCAAUGGGCUUUAAACACUGGUGACAAGUCACAAAAGUUCAGUGUAACCUUGUAAGGAAACUGCAUAGGAGUGCUCACUGUGUUAUGCAUUUUACUAGUUAGUUCUCCACUGUGUGUUCUGUCUCUUCCCUGUCUUUUUUUUAAAUCCUCUUUGCAUUAUUAUCAGACAUGUUUCAGAAAGGAAGAUUCUGUCUUGCCUAUUGCUUCUUACCCACCUCAUCCCAUUAUCUUCUGACUGUUGCAGGAAAUUAACCACUGAAGAGAAAAUUAACAAUAAAGGUGACAUUUUCAGGGUGACAGAGGAUUAACACUGUCUUCAGUAACAAAAGAUCCCUUUUUAUUUCAUUAAGAAUAACAUAUUAAAAGUGACUACUAGGUAUUAACAAUUUCCGACUAGCACCAGUGCUUAGACAGGUUUACUGGUCCUCAGUUAAUACUGUAAUGAGUGCUGUAUAAUUACAGCCCUCCCAAGGAGAAUUUCUGUCACAGAAAGAAGCUCUUCAGACCUCAAGAUUGCAUAAUUAUGAUUACCCUCUUAUUUCUUCAGCAUCGUUUGUAAUUUCAAUUAAAAUCACAUAUCCACCAGAGUUGGAAACUAAUGCAUUAUCCCAAUUGAAAUUGGGAUUCUACUCUGCCACAGGCUAUAAAAUGUUGUGGCUUUCUAGCACUAGCAAUCCCUGUGUUAAUAGCCAUAAUCGUACAUAAUGUUGGGAUUAUGGUGCAGACAGAAAAGUGAGCUAUUUGUCAGAACUCUGUGACUUCAGGUUUCACAACCUACUGAAUCAAGAAAUAAAAUGUGCCACAAAAACCAUCACAGGUCCAGAGAAGCAACUGCUGCUUUAUUGUCUAUCUGACAGUUCCCCUGUAAUGAAAACAAAUACUAUAUUGCUUUGAAGAGCUGAAAUUCUAAAUAUAGCACAUGCCUCUGACUCAGGUAUUUUACAACCUGGUAGAUUUCAGGAAGCAUCGCGAAUCAGUGCGAUAGGUGUGCAUCAAUGGGAAAAUUUGAGUGUAAGUUCAAUUUCCUGGGUUUACUAUUAUUUCCAUUUUAAAGCUAUAGUAACUGACUCUAAAAGAUAGUAGGCACAGUCCAGCAAACAGCCCCAGUACAACUAACAUCAGGCCCACUUAUUUCAGAAAAAUACUAUUAACUUUUGCCUCAUUGUCCCCACUGACUUACUUUGAUAACCCAUUGAAUUUAAAGGUAACACUAUCCAAUGAACUCUGCUGGUAAUUAACAUAUUUUAGUGAACUUUUAGUAUAAACUUGCCUUCUCCACAGAAUAUUUAAACUGGCAAGGUUCUUCCUCCCCUCAGCUGCUCUUUUUGAAGGCUGACUUUGGGAAAUAUCAAGGUGUUUUCUGAGCAUGUCCAAACUCAGCACAAGAUCUAGCUGGUUUCUCUGCUCUUGUUGGGAAAAGGCCCUGGAGAGAUCCAUCAGGCAGCUUAGUAAGGGACAAGGCACCCUCAACUCUGAGCUAAGGAGGAAGUUUGGGGCUUAUUUUUGUAGAUGAAUUUAGCCUCUCUGAAACGUAUUGACAUCACAUUUAAGACUCAGUUCCUUUCAAGGGGCAGAUUAGGGUUGGUGAUGGGCACAGCUCCUACUGGCUAAUAAAAUUCAGCCAGGUUUGUGGGUCACAUUUCAGGUGUCUCAUAUUCAAUUUUCCACCACCAGAUUGUCAGCUCUGCCCUGAGUUUUUCCUCAGUAAGUGAUCACGAUGCUUACAGAGCAGGACUGCGUCCAGUUAAUCAAUGGAAAGCCUAUGGCCUCAAAAACUAUCCAGGUGAGUGUGUUUGUAUGACAAGCGAGGGGCAGGGGAGGACUUUUUUGAUGUGGUGUUUGCUUCUCUCAUUAUUUAUGAUAUAAAUGUUAUAUGAUCCAAAUUUAGUUGGGAGAACAGUUUGUAGCAACCUGUAUUGUUUCUGAAGGACAUAGGUUGUAAACUUGUAAGCUCUGUGUUCCUGCUGUUUCUCAAUGUUCUUUUCAGUGCUCACAUGUAUAGAGGCCCUAACAAUCUCUUCCCCAUCCACCUUCAUUUUUGUCUAGGGUUUAUAUUUAUCCCAGAUCCCUUCCUUCCUGGCUGCCAGCGUCACUGGGUGAAGCAGUGCCUGAAGACAUACACCCAGAAACCUAAUGUGUGCAAUUUGGAUAUGCACAUGUCUUCUACUGAAACCACUGAUCUGUGGGGGAAGAGUCAGCAUCAGUUGCGGUAUGUCCUGGUUCCAAAUAAUCCCAAGGCAAUUUGAUAAAAGGUCAUUUAUAUACAGUGGUACCUCGGGUUACAUAUGCUUCAGGUUACGGACUCCGCUAACCCAGAAAUAGUGCUUCAGGUUAAGAACUUUGCUUCAGAAUAAGAACAGAAAUCGUGCUCCAGCGGUGCGGCAGCAGCAGGAGGCCCCAUUAGCUAAAGUGGUUCUUCAGGUUAAGAACAGUUUCAGGUUAAGUACGGACCUCCAGAAUGAAUUAAGUACUUAACCCAAGGUACCACUGUAUCUCCUUUAUAUCCCAGUUCAAUAAUCACUGACCCCAUCUGUAUGAGUGCCAUUGGUCACUCCCAGAGUUGGCUCAUUCAACAACAUCAUGAAUUCAAGCCUUUAGUGUCAUCAGCCCAGUAUUGUGGAAUACUCUGCCAGUAGAUACUGCAGGCACCUGCUGUUUCAGCUUUCAAAUGCCUGCUGAAAGCUUCUAUUUUGUCAGGGUUAUUCAGACAGUUGAGAGCAUAUCCACAAUAAUUUCUGAUUUCAACUUUUUUAUUUUUUUAUUGUAUUUUGUAUUGUUUUAACUGCUCUGAUUUUUUUAUGAAUAGUUAUAUAUAAAUAUGUUUAUAAGUAAUAAAGUCUCUUAACUGUGUUCUAAGUGUCUGGUAUUGUCUUUGGUUCUAUUUAAGAAUAACCAAGGAGCUAACGUAUUUCUAUUCAGAUUAUUUAACAGUAACCAACUUGUUCUUUGAAACAAACUAGGUAUUUACUAUUUUUUUAAAAAAAAUAAUACACGGAAAAUAACCCAUUGAUGUUUAUCCAUAGUGUACUAAUUUCAAGAUACAGCUUUGUCUUGGUUGCUAACUAUUCUCAGUGCUGGAUUCAUGAACUUAGAGGCCCUCUGUGCUGCUCUGUGCUGUUCAUUCACCCUAUUACAUGUGACUGUGUCAAAAUUAGGGUUGUAUAAGGAUAUUAUAAUAAUAAUAAUAAUAAUAAUAAUAAUAAUAAUAUGCUUCCCUAUUACCAGACAACUUUAGAACAAUUCCUGCUGUAAGUCAGAGCAGGGGACAAAUGCCAGCUCCCUCGGCCUGAAAAGCAAGAUGAGCGCUACACCCCAUAGUCGUCUUUGACUGAACUUAACAAGCCAGGGGUCCUUUACCUUUUACCUUUAGCUACUUCUAGUGAUGGGGAGAGUGGUAAGAACAAUCAUGUAAGCAGUUGAAAGCUUGGACUUAGCCAAGAAAGUGAAAGGCUUUCUCCCCUUUUCCCUUGAGGAUUUCUUCUACCUCAACUUCUUUCUCUGAGGAUUUUUUUGUCUUUGAUUCUUCUGUGAGCAGUAGAGGAAGCUGCGCUGCUCAAGCAGUUUUGGAGAUACAAUUUUUGCAGCAUGGCAGUGAAUUAACCUUAUUUGUAGUUGUUUGACCUGAGUUUUUGACAUUACAGUUGGGCAUCCAGUCAAGCAAAGGGGCCAAAGGAUUAAAUGAGGCUGAAAUGCACUUGCAGAGUAAUGUAAUUAAAACUUGUCAUUAUCUGCACAUGGAGCCAGUUAUUUGUAAAGGCUGCCGGUUCUAUUUGACCCGGCAAUGAAAUUUAAAUGCUGAAGUUUUACCUCUAUACAACUUUCCUCCAGCACCAGGAUAAAGGAUUUCAACAGUGACUGUGUAAUUGCCCUGGGAGGUCUUAAAUGGUAAAGUCAGGUGAUUUGCGCUUCUUUUCAGUUGUUAUUUUAAAAGUCUUUUUUAUUGCCCAAAUAUGGGCUUUUGGGUGUGUUCUCUGAUUUUGAUGUCUGAACUGACUUAUAACAAGUUGAUGGUUUAGAAAUACCCCAAUAAGUAAAUAUUUGGAACUACAGUCAUACCUCUUGUUACGUUCGGUUCAGGUUAUGUCUUUUCAGGUUGCGUCCCGUGGCGACCUGGAAGUACCAGAAAGGGUUACUUCAGGGUUUCGCCACAUGCACAGAUGCGCAAAAUGGUGUCAUGCGCAGAAGCGGCGACCCGCGCUUGCGCAGACGCGGGUUGCGUUCCUUUCAGGUUGCGAACGGAGCGCCGGAACGGAUCCCGUUUGCAACCAGAGGUACCACUGUAGUGUAUUUCUGCUUUUAAGGUAAUGUGGUGUAGACCUCUUUCCAUGGUCAGAGAUGUUGGGUGUCUGCCUUGACCUGGUUGUUGCAAGCAGAUCCCACUGACAAACUUUUAAUAUCCUUUCUCUUUCGUUUUAGAGCUAAUUUCAUAGUGACCGAAGACAGUGAUGCCAUGAUAAUAAUAAUAAUAAUAAUAAUAAUAAAAAUAGUAAUAACAACAAUAAUAUAUUUCUUAAACCCUGCCCAACCGACUGGGCUGCCCCAGCCAUGCUGGACAGCUUUCCAAAAAAAUACAGAGGGAAAGAAAAAAAGAAAGAAAGCAUUAUAAACUUGAUUAUACCAAAUUGAAUUGCAUACACACACAAAAACAACAACACAAUACUCAAUGUAGGUGGACUCGGGAGACCUGGAGGCUUCCCUGCACCUUUCCACGCAUAGAUCUGUGACCUACAGCCAUUUCUUUGCUACUCUGGAGCUUCUGUAGUUUUCAAAGUUUUGCAGAUGCAUCUCAGUUCUGCUGUGCAGCACUGUCUGCCAUCUUAAUUAGGGGCACCCUGCCAAGAUGUGUCAGUGUUCUUCAACCAGCUCUCCAAACUCACUUGCUGUUUCUCCUCCCACUCACCCGGCUCUUCCAGUGCUCUUUAAUCCUGACCUGCAGUUCUCCCUGCUGCUUUGUUCUCAGCAGCAUGGAAUAUCAUAUUAGGCACGACAGCAAUUGCUUGUGAAGCUACGUGAAAAUAUGAAGACCCGAGCAGCUUACUAAAAAUAUGUCAUGAACUUUGUGUCUCUCGGUCAACUACAACAUAGUUUCUCUAGGCACUUAGAAAAUUAAUUUGCAAGUGCCAAAUUCAGUGCAAUUUGUCUGUGUCUUGGAAGCUUGGGGCUGCUUGUGGAUCUCAGUGUCACAGGCAGUGCUAAAAGUUAUUGCACAAAAGUAACUGGAUUUCUUUUUGGUGAGAUUAAGGAAGAAAAUAGAAUAAUUUAUUCUGUUAAAAAAGGAUAGUAGUAGUGGGUGCAAGUUGGAUUUCUUCCUGUGCACUUAAAGAUAGGGAGGCCCAGCUUUCCAGAUCAGAUACUGCUAUUGAGAUUAUGUAACUUCAAGGCUUGGUGGCCUGAAUUUGUGUGCUUUUUUCUACCCUAUCCGUCUUGUUUUCCUUUUGUAUUGUAUCUAUUGGAUAUUAAGCCUGCCAGCAGCUACUACCCUUUAAAAAUAUAUCUGUACACUGCUUAGAAAAUUUUAGGUUCUUCACAAGUGAUAAAUAAUAAUAAAGAAUUUGAACCACUUGGCACUAUCAUAUAUCAAAAUGCUCUGAAAAGAGGCCCCCAAGUUGCGUGUCUUAGUAUUUCAUUGAUUUGAAAUGACAAGUUACAGGAACAUGCAAUUAUCUGUGGAUUGGGAAACAUGAUCUUUUUAUCAUUAUCACAUGCAAUCCUACAUGAAUUCUGAUAGGCAAUCUGCCAUAUUGUUGCAAGAGAAAAAUGGAAUGGGUUUCAGUUACUUUAGAUUCAAAGAUAUUUCAAGAUGGAACUUUAAUUCCUCCAGUCAGACCAGCUCAGCUUUCCAUUAAGCCUCUUACACAAAUUGACAUCUUUCCCAGUCUUGGAAAUACUCAUCUUAUCCAGCUUUUCUUCACCCUUCCAUAGUUCCAUUUCACUUUUCCAAAAUACUUUCUGUGAAUUGCCUUAAUCGACCCUUCAGCUCACAGCCCAUUUUUUUUCGCUUUAUAUUUUUAUCAUUGAACCUAUUGUUGAAAAUGUAGCACAGAUCAAAACUGACUCACAUUUGUACAAGUAGUAAUGAGAAUCAAGCUUUAUGGGCAGGCUUUUUUAAAGUUAAGAAUUGUAUUAAGCUGCAUCAGAAACUUGGCUUUCUGUAUAAAACUCUUGCAAAGAUUCAUAAUUGAAAUUGAUUUUUUUUUUGUAAUUUUCUUUUGUAUCUUUCCAGAAACAAAAGUUCCAGCAAACGGGCCUCAAAAACUUUACUGGAAAAGCUUCGCUGGGUGACUUUGGGUUACCAUUAUAACUGGAAUACAAAGGUAUUCAAGGACAACAGAGCCUCUUGGCAAUGUAUAACAGGAAGAUAAUAUGAUAGCAAAUAUUUGUUGAUUUUAUUUUUGCAGUGGUUAGAAAAUGUAAGCAUAAAGUCACUGUGCAAGCUUUCUGCUAAAGACACCAUGGCUUCUUAAAGAUAUUUGAAGCCAAAACAUGCUAAUCAGAUUGAAAACUUGAGGUAGAGUGAGAAAGAAUUGUCUAUCAGCAUGCUGCAGACAUGCUUAACCAAAUGAGCCUGCAGCCUUAUCUGCUUAUUGCCUGGCCUUAAUAAGAAAUCCACCUAUUCCCAGUCUUCUCAUCAGAAACAUUUAGCAAAUCAUAUUGAGGUUUCUAGUUCAGGGAAGUUUGUAUUUAGGAAUUUGUGGGAAAGAUUCUGGACUAUGUCACCCCUGUGUGAAAAAUAUUAAUCAUCAUGUCUGAUAUACUGAGUGUCUUGAUUUUUGUUCCUGGGUCUGAACUACAAAAUCACUGUUGCAACCGCUAGCACUAACUGAGCUUCUUGUUGGCAAUAGCAGAGGAAGUGACAGUUGAGGCUCUAAAGCCCAUUUUGAAUGGAUGUUACACUUGGAACUCCAGUAGGGAAAGCUGCCUAAUCUGCUCCCCACUUCAACUUUGGAAAGGAGAUAGUGGGCUCCAACACAACCAGGCAUUGACCUAAAACUCACUUUAAGUCACGACUGGAUUUGUUCAUAGGAUGGCUUUGUUCCUCUGGAAUUCUGUUUGCGUAUUUGUUGUUGUUCUUUUGCUCCUUCACCAGAAAUAUUCAGCCAACCACUACACGCCUUUUCCAUCUGACUUGGCUUUCCUCUCGGAGCAAGUGGCUAAAGCUUGUGGUUUUCCACGUUUCCAAGCGGAAGCAGGAAUCCUCAACUACUAUCACUUUGAUUCAUCUUUGGGAAUUCACGUGGAUGAGUCCGAAUUGGACUAUUCUCAACCGCUUCUAUCUUUCUGGUAGGCUACCCAAACAUUUUGUAAAAGGCAGCAUACACCUUUCAUCUUCUAGCUAAUGCAUCUUGAUUAAAGUGUACAAAUGACAGGUUUCAUGUGGCAAGCACAAACUUCCUGCCUCUGGAAGUAUGAAGUGUAGGGAAAUAGGGCAGAUCAAGAUCAUGGGCAGCAACCGACUACUGAUCCAGAUUAGUAGGAUUGCUGAAGUCUAUGGGAGCCAUUGUUUAUUUCAUUUAUAAACAUUGAUUCCGUAUUCCCCCCCCCCCAAUAACAGCCCUGUAGGCUAGCCUGUCAAUUGACCUUUGUCCAUCCCAACAUUCUGCACUGUUCCCGAGUUUCUUCUCUGUAAAUUUGAGGUCAGACUGCAUGUGAAGGCUACAACCCAAAAUAGAAGACCUAUUCUGUGGAAGAAGCAGGGAAGGAGUACUUCUUAAUGCUUCUUUUUCUUUACUGUUUACAUUGGGGAAAGUGCCAGUAUAUAAUUUCUAUUAUUGGGGUUAGAAUGGAGAGGGAGUUUUAGCAGAAAAAUCACCAGUUGGGAGAUAGUUGAGAAACACAUGGCUGCGUUUUGUAAAAGAAAAUAAUAACACCUGGGACAAGCUACGUGCUGUCAGGUGUCCUGUGUGGUUUGGCCCUGCGAAUAACUUUGACCAUUACAUAAGAACAGGGCAAGCUCACCCAUGAGACAAGGUGAGGCCACCGCCUUGGGUGGCAGGAUCCACAGCGGCAGCAGAUCCCAAUGUAGAUAUUUAGUCUCUCCCCACCCUUGUUUCUGAUGUAGAUCUUCACUAACCCUUCUUCAAUGAUAGGGAGUAGGACACCAUUUUGCAAUUUGCCUCAGGUGCUAGUAUGUUUUGGAAGUUGCCCCAUACCUGUGAAACACCCUCCCUUCAGAUGUCAAGGAGAUAAAGAGCUAUGUAACUUUUAGAAGACAUCUGAAGGCUGCCCUAUAUUGGGAAGCCUUUAAUGUUCGAUGUUUUAUUAUGUUUCAAUAUACAGUGGUACCUCAGGUUAAGUACUUAAUUCGUUCUGGAGGUCCGUACUUAACCUGAAACUGUUCUUAACCUGAAGCACCACUUUAGCUAAUGGGGCCUCCCGCUGCCGCCGCGCGAUUUCUGUUCUCAUCCUGAAGCAAAGUUCUUAACCUGAAGCACUGUUUCUGGGUUAGCGGAGUCUGUAACCUGAAGCGUAUGUAACCUGAAGCGUAUGUAACCCGAGGUACCACUGUAUGCUGUAAGCCGCCCAGAGCGGCUGGGGAAACAAAGCCAGAUGGGUGGGGUAUAAUUAGUGACAUUAUUAUUAUUUAUUAAGUCAGGUCCAUCUAGGUCAGAAUUGUGUGCUGACUGGCAGCGGCUAUCCAGGAUUUCAGGCAGGGGUGUCUCCCAGACCAACCUGGAAAUGCCAGGGAUCAAACCUGGGACCUUCUGAAUGUAAAGCAGACGUUCUGCCACUGAGCUACAGCUCUUUCCCUAAUAAACGUGUUAAAAGUACCAUAAGAGGAAGGGUGUGGGGAGCUGUUUGUUUGCUUUAGAGUUGAAUGAGAUAACACUUUGGAAAGUGCAUAUGUAUUAUGUAAAUUAUAACAUAAAAAGAAUGAAUAUAGCACAACACGCGUGGUCUACCUUGCCUAUUGAGAAGAGAAUAGCUGGUAAAAUCUUCCCAUAGCUACAGUUUUACUAACUGCCUUCCCUCUUUUUCCUCUGUUUAGUUUUGGACAGUCAUCCAUAUUUUUGUUAGGGGGGCUGAAACGAGAUGAAGCCCCUGUGGCCAUGUUCAUGCACAGCGGGGACAUGAUGAUCAUGUCCGGCUUCAGCCGCCUGCUGUACCACGCAGUCCCCAGGAUUCUUCCCAACCUGGAGGGGAAGCCUUUGCCUUCUUGCCUGGAGCUGCCUCUCCCUGCUGACCUUCCUGAAGACUCUGUUAUGGAGCCCUGCUCUCAGGAGGACUGGCAAGUCUGUGCCAAGUAUCUGCAAGCAUCCCGUGUCAACAUGACUGUCAGGCAAGUGCUUGCUGAAGGUCAGAGCUUCCCAACUGAAGCCAGGACAGGGAGAGACCUGGAUGCUUCCUCCAUAGGCUCUUAUCAUGAGGAGCACAGUGAAAUAAAAAAGCAUAAGUCUGAUUCGGGCAGCUGAAACCUGGCCAUAUGGAGCAGCAACAUACGAAGUGGAUGUGUAACAAAACGUUUUGAACUUUGUGGGCAAAGUACAUGGCUCAGACCAAAAUACUACUUGUGUUGUGUUUUCUCCCAAGGUCACACAACUAAAGAAUGUCACUCCAGUGCUUUGGUUAACACCAUCUGAAUAUAAUAUACAUUCCCUGACUUAUAGCUGUCUUGUUACUCACUGUUACAAGUGACAUCUUUUAGAAGACAUCUGAAGGCAGCCCUGUUUAGGGAAGUUUUUAAUAUCUGAUGUUUUAUUGUAUUUUUUUUGUUUUGUUGGAAGCUGCCCAGAGUGGCUGGGGAAACCCAGCCAGAUGGGCAGGGUAUGUAUGUAUGUAUAAAUGUAUGUAUGUAUAAAUAAAUUAUUAUUAUUAUUACUACUACUACUACUGUGAGGUAUUAGGACUGGAGGGAGGCACCAGCCAAAGGAGCAGCUGUUAAGUUUCAGAUUUUUGCAACCCUAGGUCGUGCCUAAAAUAAGCAGGUAUGGGUCUGUUUCCUGCCUAGGCGGGAGGCCAUAAGGGGAACCCAGAGGAGGGAAUGUUACAGAUAAAUAAUAAACCAAAUUUUAACUUUGGUUCAGACUGAAAUGGCCAUUCAAAGACACUUUGCUUGCAGCACAAUGUACAUCCCUUCAUACUGCUAGCCUGAAGUCCUCCUGAGUUGUCUAGAGAGACCUGCUGUAUGCCUUGCAAUGUGCUUAUUACCCACUGACUGAUACCAAGGGUUCAUUUUGAGGGUGGGAUGAGGCUUUUAUUUAAAACAACCUCCCUUUCUCGGAGGAAAAUAAUUAGGGACUGUGUAGUGAUUUUUCUAUUCAAUAUGUCCUUUUCUUCCCCUUGUCUCUGAAUACUAAAACUGCCCUGUUCCAUCAGCGUCAGGCCGUUUGGCUGCCUGCAUAAUGCAAUCUUUGCAGUCUGCCUCCUUCAGGAGCAAGCAGAAGAGAAUGACUUUACAAACAGGAACAAUGAAGUUGUAGAUGAAGCGCCCAGAAAGAAAAUUAAUCAGCGACUAUCUCUAUUGCCCAAAAGGUAAAUAUAUUGAAACAAAUAAGGACAACACAGUAUUCAGUGCCCAUCUGUUUUAGGAUUCCGACUUCCCUAUCUGGUUUUUAAUGCAAUUUUAAUUGCCAGAGUGCAGCGCUCUGUCCCAGGGGUGUUUUGUCGCACUUUUCCCAUGAAUAAGCUUACUCUGUUUUAAAUUAAAGAUCCCUAUCUGUCUUGGAGGGCUGUUUCUCUCUCUUUCCUCCUCCCCUCCUCCUUUUUGCUUAGUUAUUUUGUUCAUGCUGCAGUAUUGUUCAUGCUGCCUUGAGCAACUCUCACCUUUUCCUUCAGGCUGUGUCUAGCUCUGCUGUUCCUGAUAUCCCCCAGCAGAACAAGGAGUAUCUGUUCACCUCUACAUGGCUAAACUCUGAGGAAGUUGGACAUUUCUUUGCAAUGCUCAACCAUGGUGUGAGUUUGGUAUAGUCCUCCAUAUCUCUCUCUGGGCUAUUCAUUCCUGUGGUGCAUCAGGAUUUUCAAAAGAAAACAACUGGCACCUGUUUUCAGAUGUUAGGCUUGCAUUUCAUUAAUGGUUCAAAGUCUUUUCUGCGCAGGCAUUCAGUAUGGAAUGAUAUUAAUAAAUUAGUUUUCCUGAGAUAACAUGUGAGGGUACACAAAGGAAGAACUGAAUUCUCUUUCACAUUGAGACUCAGAAACAGCACACAUUUGCCAGCAAAUGCAGCUGGGAGCUGCAUGCAGUCAUGGCUCUCUGACAUGCUUGUUGUGUUCACUCUUAGCAUUUCCAGGGGAAUACUUAAGCUUUCUUCUAAGUAAGCAUGCAUAGGGUUACACUGUUGAAAUGUUUGGGGUAUAUAUGUAUAAAACUAUAAUGUGUACAGUAGCUCACAGAUCUCCCAUAUAAAGUAUGUACCUGAGAUGGCCACUUCUGCUUCCGCUUGUUGUGGAAAGAAGGGGGGUGUUUAGGUUUACCUUAAGAGAGGUUGGCUGCUGUCAAUUAGUGCAGUUCAGCUAAUCCCAGGACAUUUUAAAUUGUGCUCAGUGUGGCUGCCUAUCAUUUUAUUUAACAAACUAUAUAUAUAUAUAUAUACACACACACACACACACACACACACAGAGAGAGAGAGAGAGAGCGCGCGCGUGAGUGGCACUGUGGUCUAAACCACAGAGCCUAGGGCUUGCUGAUCAGAAGGUUGGCGGUUCGAAUCCCCACGACAGGGUGCGCUCCCAUUGCUCGGUCCCUGCUCCUGCCAACCUAGCAGUUCGAAAGCACGUCAAAGUGCAAGUAGAUAAAUAGGUACCACUCCGGUGGGAAGGCAAAUGGCUGCUCUGGUUCGCCAGAAGCGGCUUAGUCAUGCUGGCCACACGACCCGGAAGCUGUACUCCCUCAGCCAGUAAAGCGAGAUGAGCGCCACAACCCCAGAGUCGUUCGCGACUUGACGUAAUGUUCAGGGGUCCCUUUACCUGUAUACCAUUUAAUUGUAAGAAAACCUCUAAGUGGUUUACAAAAAUGUUUUUCUCCAUCCCCAAUUAAUCUUUUGUACUACUAGCCCAGAAAAAUGGUUGUAGGUCAAUAUAAUUAUCCCAUUGUGUUGGGGUUGGGGGGACUUUCCCUUGGAUACAUUAAUAAGCAUAUCCUAAUUGAUAGCAGUUAAGAUGUGCCAGCCAUUUGUUCUAAACUCUGUUACUACUCCUUGAUUAAAUACAUGGUUAUUUAAAACCAACAUUUUAAUAGUACAGUCUCCUAUUUGUUGCUAGUAUUGCAUCUGGAGAUACCUCUACUUCCUUGAGGUAGUACCUCUGGCGAGAGAUGGGCUGCACCUCAGCAGCUGGCAAGAAUGUGUUUGCCAAGAGUCUUGAGAAUCUGAUCAGAAGAGCUUUAAACUAGAUCUUGAGGGGGAGGUAGAAAACUAUACGAAUGACGAAAGAGCACCUGUCACUGGGGAUAAUAGCUUCAUUGAUACACAGGAAACUGAGGUGGUGCUCCAGAAACCUGCUAAAGGGCAAGAAACUGCAGGAAGGAAGUAGUUGCAGAGAACAACUCAUGGUUUCAGUUGUCUCUACAUAAAUGCACAGAAUAUGGGAAAGAAACAAGAUGAAUUGGAGCUUUUAAUACAGCAAAUACAACCUUAUAAGCAUGACUGAAACCUGGUGGGAUGAGACUCAUGACUGGAAUGUAGGAAUUGUGGGGUAUAGCCUGUUCAAAGGGAAUAGACCAAACAGGAAGGGAGGACGAGUAGCAUUGUAUAUAAAGGAUGUGUAUACUUGUGAAGAAAUCCAUGAUCUGGAGCAUGAAAAGCAGAUUGAGAGUAUACGGGAAAAAAUUGUAGGAGAGAGAAACAACAGUGCCCUUACUAUGGGUGUCUGCUAUAGACCGCCUAGCCAGACUGAAGCCUUGGAUGAUGCCUUAUUAGAGCAUUAUUACCAAACAUUUGAAAAGGAGAGAAAUAGUAAUCAUGGGGGACUUCAACUUCCCUGAUGGCUGUUGGGACUCAAACUCUGCCAAGAGUGUAAGGUCUGACAAAUUCCUCCAUUGCCUCUAUUGUCUGAGAAAUUCCUCCAAUUUCAUUUCCCAGAAGGUGGAAGAACCGACAAGGGGAUCAUCUAUCUUGAACCUGGUCCUCACCAAUAGGGAGGAACUGAUUAAUGAGGUGGAAGUGCCUGGAAACUUGGGCGGAAGUGAUCAUAUUAUCCUGGGUUUCAGGAUACAGAGGCAAGGGAAAACUGAGUGUAGUCGGACACACGCUCCGGAUUUUAAGAAGGCCAAUUUCAAAAAGCUGAAGGAACUACUGGGUGUGAUCCCGUGGUCAGAAAUACUCAAUGAGAAGGGAAUCCAAGAAGGAUGGGAACUUCUAGAAAGAGAAAUUUUGAAGGCUCUAAUGCAGACAAUACCAACAAGAAAGAAAAGUGGGAGGCAUGUAAGGAAACCGGUGUGGCUACAUGAGGAGCUUACAGUUGAGAGUUUAAAAGGGCAUGUAUAAGAAAUGGAAGAAAGAGGAAGUCACAAAGGAGGAGUAUACAUGAAUAGCCAACAGUUGCAGGGGGAAAGUCAGGCUGGCUAAAGCUCAGAAUGAGCUCAGGCUUGCAAGACAGCUUAGAAAUAAUAAAAGGUUUCUUCGGUUACGUCCAGUGUAAGAAGAACAAGCAAGUGAUGGGUCCUCUGCAUGGGGAACACGGAGAAAUGCUAUUGGGUGACAGAGAAAAUGUGGAACUACUCAACACCACUAUUCAGUGCUGUCUUAUUAAGCACCUUGAAUUACCUGAGAAAAGUAUCCUUCCUGCUUUGCAUUUUCCGAAGGAGAUUGAGAGAAGUAGUGUCCUGUAGCAGGGCUCCUGGGAGUCUGGUUUCCCAAGGGAGUCUCAUAAGCAUCCAUUCCUUUCUUUGUUAGGUGCUUGAGGAAGAGAUAAGGACCUUUUUUCUCAUUAACAGAAAGGUCCUGUUGAUUACAGAAGAGGGAAAAACAAACUAUAGUUUGCUGUGGCACAUUACAGCCAUAAUGAGGCUCAGAAGAGCCAACUGAUGAGUAUUGGAGAUGGUUAUUGAUUUUUAAAUGAUGGAAGAUUCAGCACACAGAAGUGAAUCUAGGAGCCAGACUCAUUCUUCAUGCCAUGUUUCUUGGUUACAUAUAGUCAGCACAGUACAAAGAGAGGGGGGUACAGUACGUUCUUGACAUCCGUCUGCCUUGGGAGACAAUGGAGGAGUGCACCUUUGAAGGUGAAGCUACCCCUCCCAGUUUGUUGCCAUCUGCAAAUUUGAUGAGCAUCCCCUCAAUUCCUUCAUCCAAGUUGUUUGAAUCGGAGCAAACGGAGCAAAUUGGGUUUUCUGUGGGUUGCCGCUUGCUCCAGUGCAGCGGUAAAAUGGAUUGUUUUGUUUUUUUCAGGGAAAGUGCCAGAGCUAAAAUAAAAUAAAAACACAACUUGGACAUGCGGCAUUAAAGUGGAGACCUGUGACUGG